AUGUGUGUCGUCUUUCCCACUCAAAGCCUUCGACAAGGGUUUUCCUCGAAGGAGUUGGACAGAGGCACACGUAUUCUGGCUGAACGAAAGGCGUUCCGCAGUCCCCUUUCCGGCUGUGGUGAUUCCACUCCCAGCCCACCGCAUAUCAGCCAUCCCUGCGAACCUUCUGGCGAGGCGUCGAAUAUUUGA